GCUGGGGUGGCGGCGAAGGAGGAUGAGCCGGCGGCGUCUCUCCGCCUCCUGCUGCUGACGACGGCGACGACGCUCGGCUCUGCCUGCCGCGGGCCCAGCGCCGCGCCACCGGCCAUGGUGCCCAGCGAGGAGAACCAGCUCGUCCCCAAGGAGGAUAUGUUUUGGAGUUGCAGACAAAGUACCUUUGCUGAAUUGAAGAAGAAAUUUUCACAGGUGGAAAGUGCUGCUGAGGAGCCCAGAGUGCUGUGUAUAAUACAAGAUACCACAAAUUCAAAGACAGUGAAUGAACGCGUUACCUUGAAUGUGCCAGCUUCCACACCACUUAAAAAGCUGUUUGAAGACGUAGCUUCAAAAGUGGGCUAUGAGAAUGGAACCUUUGAUUUAGUGUGGGGAAAUGGAGACAACGUCACUGAUAUGACUCCAAUAGAUCAGAACAGUGACAAAAGUAUUCUUGAUGCUGGUUUUGAGCCAGGGAAGAAGAACUUUCUGCAUUUGACAGACAAAGAUGGUGAGCAACCUCAUAUAAUGCAGGAGGAGUCAGGUACAACAGAAGACGGUGCCCAGGACAGAUUUAUAGGUCCUCUUCCGAGAGAGGGCUCUAUUAGCUGUACCAAUAACUAUGUCAGUCAAAGCUACUCUUACUCUUCAGUCCUGAGCAAGUCAGAGACAGGUUAUGUGGGUCUGGUAAACCAAGCAAUGACUUGCUAUCUGAACAGCCUUUUACAAACACUUUUCAUGACUCCUGAAUUUAGAAAUGCAUUAUAUAAAUGGGAAUUUGAAGAAUCUGAAGAGGAUCCUGUGACAAGUAUCCCGUACCAGCUUCAAAGGCUGUUUGUUUUACUGCAGACCAGCAAGAAAAGAGCAAUUGAAACAACAGAUGUUACACGGAGUUUUGGAUGGGAUAGUAGUGAGGCGUGGCAACAACAUGAUGUACAGGAGCUUUGUAGAGUUAUGUUUGAUGCUUUGGAGCAAAAAUGGAAGCAAACAGAACAGGCCGAUCUUAUAAAUCAGCUGUAUCAAGGCAAACUGAAAGACUAUGUACGAUGUCUAGAAUGUGGCUAUGAAGGCUGGAGAAUCGACACAUACCUGGAUAUUCCUCUGGUCAUCCGUCCAUAUGGCUCCAACCAGGCAUUUGCUAGCGUGGAAGAAGCAUUGCAUGCUUUCAUUCAGCCUGAGAUUCUUGAUGGCCCCAAUCAGUAUUUUUGUGAGCGAUGUAAGAAGAAGUGUGAUGCAAGGAAGGGCCUGCGGUUCUUGCAUUUUCCAUAUCUGUUGACGUUACAACUGAAGAGAUUUGACUUUGAUUAUACCACUAUGCACAGAAUUAAACUGAAUGAUCGUAUGACUUUUCCUGAGGAGUUAGACAUGAGUAUCUUCAUUGAUGUUGAAGAUGAGAAGUCUCCUCAGACUGAGAGUUGCACUGAUAGCGGAGCAGAAAAUGAGGGCAGUUGUCACAGUGACCAGAUGAGCAAUGAUUUUUCUAAUGAUGAUGGAGUUGAUGAAGGAAUCUGCCUCGAAAGCAACAGCGCAGCAGAAAGAAUUGCUAAAGUAGGCAGUGAAAAGAAUUCUUUACUGUAUGAACUCUUUUCUGUUAUGGUCCAUUCUGGAAGUGCUGCUGGUGGCCAUUACUAUGCCUGUAUAAAGUCUUUUAGUGACGACCAGUGGUACAGCUUUAAUGAUCAACAUGUUAGCAAGAUAACUCAGGAAGAUAUUAAGAAAACAUAUGGUGGGUCUUCUGGAAGCAGAGGCUAUUAUUCCAGUGCUUUUGCUAGCUCCACAAAUGCAUAUAUGCUAAUAUAUAGACUGAAGGAUCCAGCAAGGAAUGCAAAGUUUCUUGAGUCACACGAGUAUCCUGACCAUAUUAAGCAAUUGGUGCAGAAAGAGAGAGAACUGGAAGAGCAAGAGAAGAGGCAACGGGAAAUUGAGCGCAACACUUGCAAGAUUAAAUUGUUCUGUAUGCAUCCAACAAAACAGAUAAUGAUGGAAAACAAAUUAGAAGUUCAUAAGGAUAAAACGCUGAAGGAGGCUGUGGGAAUAGCUUACAAGCUGAUGGAUUUAGAAGACGCCGUCCCUUUGGAUUGCUGUCGUCUUGUCAAAUACGAUGAGUUCCAUGACUACUUGGAACGAUCUUACGAAGGAGAAGAGGAUACACCAAUGGGUUUAUUGCUUGGAGGCGUCAAAUCAACGUACAUGUUUGACUUACUGUUGGAAACAAGAAGACCUGACCAAAUUUUCCAGUGCUAUAAGCCUGGUGAGGUCAUGGUAAAAGUUCACGUAGUUGACCUGAAGACUGAAUCUGUUGCUCCUCCAAUAAGUGUACGAGCUUAUUUGAAUCAGACAGUUUCAGAAUUCAAACAGCUAAUUUCAAAGGCUACACAUCUGCCUGCUGAAACAACGCGGGUGGUGUUAGAACGGUGCUACAAUGAUUUGCGUCUUCUGAAUGUUCCCAGCAAAACGCUGAAAGCUGAAGGCUUUUUUAGAAGCAAUAAGGUAUUUAUUGAAAGUUCAGAGUCUUUAGAUCGUCACGUGGCAUAUACAGAUUCUCACUUAUGGAAACUUCUGGAUCGUCAUGCAAAUACAAUCAGGCUGUAUGUCUCGUUACCAGAGAAGUCGCCUGGAUCUCAGUUUAGACAAUCCGUUUAUCAGAAGACUGGUGCAGAUUUGGGCAACUUGGAUGAAGCCUGUGAAAGGGUAAAAGGACCUGCAGGCAACAUGAAAUGCGUUGAGGCAAUUCUGGAAGAAAGCACUGAGAAGCUUAAAAGUUUGUCCCUGCAGCAGCAGCAACAGGAGGGUGAUAAUGGAGACAGCAGCAAAAGCACAGAAGCCAGCGAUUUUGAAAAUAUCGAAUCCCCUUCAAAUGAAAUAGACUCUUCAGCAUCGGUAGAAAACAGAGAACUUGAAAACCAAAUUCAGAUUUCUGAUCCAGAGAAUCUCCAGUCUGAGGAACGGUCGGAUUCAGAUGUAAAUAAUGACAGGAGUACGAGUUCGGUGGACAGCGAUAUCCUCAGUUCUAGUCACAGCAGUGAUACUCUAUGCAAUGUGGACAAUGCCCCGAUUCCCUUGGCUAAUGGACUUGAUUCUCACAGUAUCACAAGUAGUAGGCGAUCAAAAGCAAAUCAGGGGAAGAAAGAAACCUGGGACACGGCGGAAGAAGAUUCUGGAACAGACAGCGAAUAUGAUGAAAGCGGCAAGAGUAGAGGAGAAACACAAUAUGUGUACUUCAAGUCAGAACCCUACACUGCAGAUGAAGGUUCAGGAGAUAGGCAGAAAUGGUUGGUGGUGCACGUUGAUAAAAGAAUUACACUGUCUGCCUUCAAGCAACAGUUGGAGCCUUUUGUUGGAGUUCCAUCGUCUCACUUCAAAGUCUUUAGAGUUUAUGCCAACAAUCAAGAGUUUGAGAGUGUUCGGCUCAGUGAGACACUUUCAUCAUUUUCUGAUGACAACAAGAUAACUAUUAGACUUGGAAGAGCCCUUAAGAAGGGUGAAUACAGAGUCAAAGUCUAUCAGCUUUUGGUAAAUGAACCAGAGCCAUGCAAGUUUCUUCUAGAUGCAGUUUUUGCUAAGGGAAUGACCGUCCGGCAGUCCAAAGAGGAGCUGCUCCCUCAGCUUCGAGAACAGUGUGGCCUGGACUUAACAAUUGACAGGUUUCGUCUACGGAAGAAAACCUGGAAGAACCCAGGGACUGUGUUUCUGGAUUAUCAUAUCUAUGAAGAAGAUAUCAAUAUUUCAAGCAAUUGGGAGGUUUUCCUAGAAAUACUUGAUGGAAUAGAAAAGAUGAAAUCCAUGUCACAACUUGCAGUUUUAUCAAGACGAUGGAGGCCAUCAGAGAUGAAGCUAGAUUCCUUCCAGGAAGUAGUGCUAGAAAGCAGCGGUGUUGAGGAAUUAAAAGAAAAGCUGAGUGAAUUAAGCGGAAUACCCUUAGAAAAUAUUGAGUUUGCAAAGGGUAGAGGAACGUUUCCAUGUGACAUUUCUGUCCUAGAGAUUCACCAGGACUUGGACUGGAAUCCUAAAGUAUCGACACUGAAUGUCUGGCCUCUGUACAUUUGUGACGACGGUGCAGUAAUAUUUUAUAGGGAUAAAACCGAAGAAUUAAUGGAAUUAACAGAUGAACAGAGAAACGAACUGAUGAAAAAAGAAAGCAGCAGGCUCCAGAAAACUGGACACCGGGUAACCUACUCUCCUCGUAAAGAGAAAGCACUAAAAAUUUAUCUGGAUGGAGCACCAAAUAAAGAUUUGAUUCAAGACUGAUAUUUGCUAUAGCAUUUUCCCUGGGGAAUUUUUUUUGUUUAAAAUAAGAAGGUUCACUACUACUGUGUAGUGCCAUUACGGCAGGACGCUCAUUAGGUGUAAAGCGCUGACACCAGCACUGAUUGGGCUGUGCUACCAAUCAGCAGCACAGUGCCCUGUUGGGUCGCUGUUUGACUUGGAAUCAUAUUGUGCACUAUAGUCAAAUGUACUGUAAAGCUAAAAGGGAUGUGCAAAUAAAAGAUUAGAACUACAAAAUGGGUGGGGAGGGAAACGAGUGGAAAUUUUUGAGGACAGUGUGCACAUAGUAGCUAGUGAAACUAGCCUCAAACAGGAUAUCAUAGCUUAAUAAUAAAAGCUGUGCAAAGGCCAUGAAAGAAUCCUUUUUUUGUUUGUUUCACUGAUACACACAUUACCUCAUCAGAGAGUCUGAAGCAUAUGUUAACACCUGGGUUCUAAAAAGCAGCGAAAAGGGGUUGAAGAUGUGAUGGAAGUGCUGCAGUUGUGAGGUCUGGGAAUACUCUUCCAUGAAACAGGUGGUCUCAGAGGUUUGUCUGAAGCGGCCAGCAGGUGUUGGUUCUUUUUGCAGAAGCGCUGUUGUAAGGUAAACUGGUUUUUAGCAGGUUAUGGAAGCUGGUGAGCAGCUCUAUGAUAUUUCAUCCAAUGUGUAAAUAAAAUUUGCCCUGUCCAUAUAACAGAACUGCAGUUCAGCUGUUUUCCAUGGUAUUUCUUUUCGCAUAUCACCAUCCAUUGAGUUUGAAAAUGUAGUUGCCUAUUUAAAUUUGUAUUCAUUUUGUUUGACAGUGCUGGGUACCUUAGGGUUGUAUUUCUCCUUGUUAAUUAAGCUUUCGUUCUGUUUUAGCUACUUUUUGUACAUCUUGUUUUUGAGACUAUUACAAGUUUGCUUCUUCUCCACCCAUUGAAAUUCAUUUUAUGUUUGCCUGGAUUUGAUUCCAUAGCUAUAUGUAGUUAAGUACUGGGGCAACCUUUAACACCUCGGCAUAUAAACUUGGUAGUUCAGGUUGUGAUGCAGAGAUUGAUGCAGUCAACAUGAUGUCCUUGCAAAGCCUAGGAACAGCCAUUUUUUUUGCUUUGGUCCAUAAAGAUCAAUAGAGAACAAUUCUCCUUAGUUUUUGGAAAAGCACCUAAUUUAUAACAAUCAAACGAUUUUGGUAAACUUUUUCAUGCCAGAUGCUGUUUACAACAAUGAACAUGCCAAUAAAACAUUUGUUCAUUCUGUUGUGUUUUAUUCAUUAAAUGCUGUGGGUUUUGUUUGAAGAAUGUCAGAAUUACUUCAUGGAAAUGUGCUUUCCCAAGGCAAUGUCAGAAUUGUAAGCCUGUUUGUAUAUGUGUGUCUAUUCACACACACUCCAUACCCAGUAUUAUGAGAAGCAUUUUGUAGCCUCUCUGCUGUUCCUCCAGGCUUAUUUUCACACUGCGUUUUUAAGUUUCCUUGCUAGCAUUGAAUUCCUUCCCAGUAAAAUUGUUAGGCUCCAAAUAUGGCUGGCAGCUACAUUUUGCUACAGAGAGAAAAAAGGAGUCUGAAGAACUGAAUGUUCAGUUUUCUGAUUGCUGGGGCACAGCAACAUGAAGAGCCUGAGGAAUCUAGCAGCUCGAGAGCCAGACACUGCAUGGAGGAAUCCCCUCAUUCUUCCUUUUUUUUGACCUGUACAACAUCAUCUCUGAUAUAAACGAGUGGGAAGCAGAGGAAGCAUAGAGUGGGCAUCAUCCGGUAGGUAGAGCAGCUUUGUUAAGCUUCCAACUAUGUAUGUUCAGACUGCCCCAUGUAUCCUGAGUUGUUGGAAGAGGAACAAGUAUGGCUAAGAAAAGAAUUCCAAUGACUGCUUAGUCCUUAGCCACAUUUGGGAAGCUUCAGUUGAACACAUUCCUUUGAAGUUCAUUGUAAACCUGUAAGUCUUAUAAAAGUCUCGAUGAGAUGCCCCUCAGGCCUCCAUAAUUUCCUGUUCAGAGGUGAACUUCCUUCUGUGUAAGCGUAUUGGAAUACGUUCUGGAUUGUUUGGGGGGACUUUUCAGCGUUUCCUUUACGUUCUGAUCAUUUUGAGUUUGCAUUUUAAAGAAACAAAAGGCCCUUGAGUUUCUAAUUAAAUUAGUUAUAUGGAGAUUUGAUUAAUAGCAAUACAUAUUAUUAGGGACUGGGGCAUUGGGAAACUUGAAGGGAGAAUUACAUCUUCCUUCUUAAGUAGGGUAAUAUUUAAGGGUAGUCUUUGCUCUCUUGAAGUGCCACUUUAGACCAGGGAAAUCACAGUGAAAUUUCAUUGUAUGGAUAAAUUGUCUGUAAAGAACAGGAAUUUCAAAUUUUAGUUUUAGGGACAGAGAGGAAAGGUAAAUGAGAACCGCGUCAGAGAGCAUGUGUGUGUGUAUGAGUUGGUGUGAGAGUUGGUGGUGGAAAAGAUUCCAUAAACCGAAAGGCUGUUCUGAUUAAAUAUCCUUCUUGUUCCUAGUGAAAACAAUUCACAUGGAUUCCAACACCCCAGGAAUUUGUUGAAAGUCUUUUACAGACCAGAAGUAGUGAGAGUCUUGAAGGCUAGCGUGCAAUCAGCAACUGCUCGUUAAUUCACUGGUACUUGCUGUUCAGAUUCCCUAUAAGCAGUAGGGGAUGCUAUUUGGGAAGAAGCUCUGAGAACACGUGGCUGGAGCUUCGUGACAUCUUUCAGCAUGUUCAGUAAUGGAUGGUGAGAUCAAUACUCCUAAGAGUCAUUAACAGUGGAAGAACCAUUGUAGCAAACCAUUGAGAUGGCUGAGAGUCAGUGAAAGAAAUCAGAUUUUACUCUAGCUUGAUACAGAUUUCUUAAAUCAACAGUGUUAAAAUGGUAAUGCUGAUACGUGUACCACAGAUUAAUACCUAGAAGUAUAUUAAAAACAGUAACCACUUCUUAAAGAAUCUUCUCUGGAUACAGACAGUGAAGAGGGAGAGGCAUGACUCAAAACACAAGAAAGUUGUCUCACUGCUUGCUUGAAGUAAGGAGUUUGUGUUCGCUGCUUCUUUAUCUCCCAAGGCUAAGUGAUGGAGUAGAGUGUAUAGAACCCUUAAUUAAUAGUGUAUAGAACCUUAAUUGGAAUUACCCUAAGGGGUCUGUUCAUAAAGAAUGCUGCCAUAUGUAUUUAGGCACUGCAUUUAGUUACAAGGCAUAGCUUAUUUGCAACUGCAGCUGUAUUCCUAUGUAUGUCUGUAUAUAACGUUUAUUCAGCGUAGAAAAGAAAAUCUGUAUGCUUUGUAUUUAGCCUGUUUGGCUCUUCUGCAAUUAUUAACGCUUCACUUUGACAUUGAGAGACAAAGCCCUAAACUGCCAAGUUGAAAACUCCUGUCUAGAAGCCAGUUAUGUGUAUGUACAGAUAUGUAAACACCAUUUGUUGUUUAUGCAGAAAAUCCUGUAGGCUACUUUCCUAAUAGUAGGACCUCAUGCAGUGGAAGAAUCCAAGGCCUACUCCAUGUGGAAGGGCAGAACUCAAGGGACGCUCUGCAACUGUAGAACAGUGGUUCUUAUAGUGAAGUUUGAUGCUGAACAUACGACUUGCAUUAUACACAAAAGAAAAAGGAAGGAGCUCUGAGUACGUUCAUCAUGAAGGGUAAGCAUCCCUUCUUUCCGUCCUUCUGGUGAUGUGGCACCCAAAAUUGUACGUUGCAGCUUCACCUAUCAUAUUUUAUUUAAAAAGAAAAGAAAAACAAUUGCUGAAAUUGGAAACUGAUGCGGUAUAAAGUGGUUCUUAGUCCAGAAAAAUAGCUCCAAGUGUGUGUACAAGAAAUCCUUAGAAGUUGUUUCUGUAGUCGCUAAUAACUUGAAAUUAUGUAUGCUUAAUGUGUUUUUUAAUGAGUACAAGUACUGAUACGUUUAUUUCUG